AUGGCGACGGCGCAGCUAACGGACGAUGAGCUUUUCUCUGAGUUAAAGAGCUUUGGAUUCAUUCCAGGCCCGGUUUCCGAGAACACGAGACCGGUUUAUUUGAAAAAACUAAAGAAACUACGUGAGGAACAACAACAGAAAGGAACCAGGGCGGGGAAAAACCGAAACAGUGGCAGCAUCAUCAACAACAGUAGCGGCGGUGGCAACGGCAGCUACACAGCGGCGGGAGCUUCGGGAUUCGGAGCCAGGCCAGCUAGCCGUGACGUCAAGCACCUGAGCCCUAGCAGUCGGAGCCCCAGUGGUCGACCGGUCCUGAACGAAAAGCGAACUGGUGGAGCGGGGAAGUUCGUAUUGGGCUUUAGCUCGGACGAAUCGGACGUGGACGACCCGAAGAAAAAACGAGGAGCGAACCACAGCGGUAGGAGAGACCGAGGCUCCGCGUACCAACAACAACAGCAGAUCAGGUCUACAACGGGAGCUGCCUCCGCCACUCGAAAGAGCCUGGGAGUCGCUGUGAGUACCAGCAGCAACAACUCCUCUCCCACUGGGCUACUGGAGGAGAGGAGAAGCGGACCCGGUUCUCUCGGCUGGGUGGACCGGGGAAAAUCGAGCCUCGAGGUCUCGCGGGCCGCGGAAGUGAAGGGUUACGACGAAGAGCCCGAAGAGGAAGGCGAUUUUCAGGGGGAGACGGAGAGAGACAGUCGGUCUCUGAAUGGGAACAGGGCGUCUUACUCACUGAACACCAGUAGUAAGGUAGUCGGGGAUUACUCGGAUUCGGAAGAGGAGGAAGAGGAAGAAGGGGGGAUAAUAUAUGGGCAGGACCGUCAACGAGACCGGCGUUUACAGCAACACUACUCCAGACGGAGUCACUCCUCCAAGCCGUCUCCCCACAGAAGUGCCAGGGGGUCAGAGAGCGGCCAGGAAACGACUUUAGGCAUGGAAAUCAGGCAAAAUGACACGCCUGGCGCUAGUAGGAGUCGACUAGACAUGAUGGGAGGCCGGGAGGAGGAUGAAGAGGAAGAGGGAAAGAAGCGAGGCCCCGGCGAAUCGUCCCUGAGCGGGAGCUUGCUGCGACGCCAUUACCCCAGGGGGGCCAUCUACGUGUCGGCUGUGACUGGGGAGAGCGACCGCGGCAGCCCCGGGGAGAGCAGCGGCAACAAUUCCCCGUCCUCCGCCUACAACAAAAACCACAUCGACAGCGGGGAUGGCGCCACUAGCAGCAGCAGUAGCCGAUUCAGCAUCGGCCUGAGACCACGGUUCUCCAACUACAACAGUCUAUCCGCUACUUACCGAUCCAACCAUUCAAAUCAUAGCGGUCCCAACCAUGCCUACAGCCAGGCGAGUCUCAAGCAGAAGCACACGGUGCCGGAGGAUGAGCUGCUCCAGCAAUUCAAGCGGGAGGAGGCGGGGUCGUCCACCGGUGGUUGGGGGUUCAGCGCCCACUACCUGUCCAUGUUCUUGCUCAUGGCCGCCUGCCUGUUCUUCCUCCUGCUCGGCCUCAUGUAUCUCCGGAUGAGGGGGUCUGGAGCCUCUGAGGUCGAUGUUGUCAUUAAGAACCACCCGUUUGGCAGCGAGUUUGACAGUUCUUAUAACAAGACGGAGAAAGACACCAUUCUGAAACUGCUGCUCAACCUUCACGACCACCUGGCUCAUAUUGCUGGCCAACAUGACUGUACAGACCCGGAGCAGCAGCAGGCCAACAGGAGUCUGUCUCUGAAGGAAGCCUCUGACUAUCUGGCGCAGCAGAAUGAACAGUACCGUGACUGGGUUCUCCUCUCUCUGGAGUGGAUCAUACGGACAGGGGAGGAUGUUGGCAUACGGCUGAUCGGGGAUAACCCAGAGGAGACAGUAGCGGAGGUGAGUGAGGUGACUCGUCUGGAGUCGACCCACCCCAAGAUGUCCUUCUCCUGCCGCUUCAGAAGAGCCUUCUUUACAGUCAUCCACAGGGUGCUGCUCAUCCUAUCAGUGAUUGGUCUGGUGUGGGGUGUAUUCUACUAUAUGAAGUAUCGUUGGAGGAGAGAGGAAGAGGAGACCAGGCAGAUGUAUGACAUGGUGGAGAGAAUCAUCGGUGCUCUGAGGAUCCACAAUGCAUCGUGUCAGGAGAACAAUGACCUCCAGCCCUACCUGCCCAUCCCUCACGUCAGAGACUCCCUGGUCCAACCCCAGGACAGAAAGAAGCUGAAGAAGGUUUGGGACCGGGCCGUGACAUUCCUCUCAGCCAAUGAGAGCCGUAUCAGGACAGAGUCUCAGCGGAUUGGCGGAGCUGACUUCCUGGUGUGGAGGUGGCUCCAGCCCUCUCUGAGCUGCGACCAGAUCUCACUCAUCCCCUCCAAAGUCUGGCAGGGCAAAGCGUUCCCUCUGGACAGGAGGAACUCUCCUCCCAACAGUUUAACACCAUGUCUGAAGAUCAGAAACAUGUUUGAUCCAGUCAUGGAGGUUGGUGAAAACUGGCAUCUGGCCAUCCACGAGGCCAUCUUGGAGAAGUGUUGUGACAACGACGGUAUCGUCCACAUCGCUGUCGACAAGAACUCCAGAGAGGGCUGUGUCUAUGUGAAGUGUCUGUCAGCAGAACACUCGGGGAAAGCCUUCAAGGCGCUACAUGGCUCCUGGUUCGAUGGUAAGCUGGUGACGGUGAAGUACCUGCGUCUGGACCGCUACCACCAGCGUUUUCCUCAGGCCCAGGGCUGUACCACCUCCCUGAAGCCCUCUAACACCUACAUGAACACCAUGUCCAGACUACGUCACCACACCAGCCCUGAUAGCAGCUCUAACUCUAACUCUCUAGGCUUCUCCUGAGGGGGGAGGCAGAUUACCCCAGCCUCCUCUCUCUCCCUCACAGAUACCACCGCUACCAACCCAACCAGCUCCUUCUUACCCCUGUGUAACGAUCUCACCUCAACACAGGCCCCCUUCCUUCAGUCUCCCCUUAACAAGCCUCUACUGGAGGUGAUGGCAGCUUGGUGAACCGUCUGUCUCGACUCACAGGGCUGGGUGAACCGUCUGUCUCGACUCACAGGGCUGGGUGAACCGUCUGUCUCGACUCACAGGGCUGGGUGAACCGUCUGUCUCGACUCACAGGGCUGGGUGGAACCGUCCGUCUCGACUCACAGGGCUGGGUGGAACCGUCCGUCUCGACUCACAGGGCUGGGUGGAACCGUCCGUCUCGACUCACAGGGCUGGGUGAACCGUCUCAACAAACAGGGCUUUUUUUCUCUUUUAAAUGGGACUGACUGUUGGUUGUCCACAACCUGUCUGGACCACAGGAGUGGUGGGAGGCUUUAGACUGACUGUUGGUUGGACCACAGGAGUGGUGGGAGGCUUUAGACUGACUGACUGACAGUCCUGCUGUGUUUUUUUGUCGUAAAGACCAAUCAGAGUUUUGAAAACAAAACGAUGAGCUAAACUUUGGAAGACCACUUGAACAACCAAUGGGCUGGGAGAUUGGAGACUAGGGGGGCGUGGUCUGAGCAAGCUGGAGAUGUGUGAUUCGCUGGUGCCGUCAAACACUAUUUAAUUUUUGUUAUUUUUGUAUUACAAACUUUAUGGAUUUAACAAGGAAACAAAACUUCCAUUUCGUUCUAAUGGCAUAUUUAAAACAGAUAUGAGAGAAACAACCCCUUCUUUUCUCUUGUCUCCCCAUCCUCUCCUCCCUCCCUUUUUUUAAUGAGACUGGCUCCAUGAUUUUUCAAGGAGUUGAGUCGGGCUUUACAUUGAAAUUGCUGCAUGUGUUGGUUAAAGUUAAAGCCUCUAUUUAAGCUUUUGAAUUUAUAACAUAAUCUGGAUUUUUAUUUCCUGGAGAAUGUAAUCCCUUUUCUUUCUUUUGUAGUUUUUAGUCGAGCGGCGGAGGAAAGGCAGACAUAAACAUUUAGCCGACUGAAGGGUGGGAGUGGGUGCUUAGCUGUCAGCCGGAAAUACAUGUUGACUGGUUGGCUGGUGACGGUGGCUUCCUUUUAAAUGAUCCGUAUUCAUAAAGCAAAAACCAUAAACUGUCAUUUUUGUCCUGCCUACCGCUACAAUACUCUUUAACAUACGGACGGCAUCUGAUUCUGUAUUCAGAAGUGGAAGCGUUUGUGAGAGAUUGGGAGGAUAACUUGUUGCGAGACAGUGAUUUUGGCAGGUGGUGUUGGUGCACCCCCCCCCCGUCCCGUUCCCGUCCCCGGGCCUACGUCUUGGAUAGAAAGACUCCCUCGCUGUGGAGUUUAGAGAAGAUGGGGGGGGGGGGGGGCUAAUAACGUGGGCGAUCAGUCAGUCGUCCAUUUUGUAUUUUUUGGGCUUCUUUGCUUUUCUGUCUUUUUAACUCAAUAUUGGUGGCCGUCUUAUAAGUAUCUUUCCUCCCUCAAGCAGCUGAAAGCGCUUCUCCCGUCAGUCAGAAUAGAUUCCAAUGUUAUAUUGUUUUGAGUUCCCGUUUUUAAUUAAUAACAACUAUUUGAUUGAUACUGGUUCAUGUUCUUAUUGUUCCCGCCGCAUAGACUUCUGCUGGAACAUGGGAUUCUAUACACACCUAGGCUUCCUUUUUACUGCACCCCAAAUAGCACCCUAUUUCAUUUCUAGUGCACUACUUUUGACCAGAACCCAUAGCGUAGUGCACUACUUUUGACCAGAACCCAUAGGGGUAGUGCACUACUUUAGACCAGGGCCCAUAGGGCUAGUGCACUACUUUAGACCAGGGCCCACUAUAUAGGGAUUAAAUAGGGUCCUGUUUAGGAUACGUCCGUGGACAAAACAUUAGGAACACCUGCUCUUUCCAUGGCAUGGACUGACCAGGUGAAUCCAGGUGAAAAGCUAUGAUCCCUUAUUGAUGUCACACGUUAAAUCCACUUCAAAUGUAGAUUACGGGGAGGAGACGGGUUAAAGAAAGAGAUUUGAGACAUGGAUUGUGUAUGUGUGCCAUUCAGAGUGUGUGAAUGGAUUCCCAGUAAGACACUGGUUUAAUACGUUUUGUAUAUAUUCAUGGAGGUAUAGAUGGAAUGGAAGGUGUGUGAUGUGUGAAUGUAUAGCUGUUCCAUGAUCCCUGCAAUACAGCCCUGUGUUUCUGCUGCGUGUUAAAAUGGCACACUAUUCCCUACAUAGUGCACUAGCCCUAUGGGCCCUGGUCUAAAGUAGUGCACUACCCCUAUGGGUCCUGGUCUAAAGUAGCGCACUAG